AUGCAGAAACAAUCUAUCCUUAAAAGGUGGUUUGGCAAGAAGAAAAUGAUGGGGAGCGUGGCAAAAAGAUGGAGACAUCUAAGUGGUGAAAACCAAUGGAAGGACCUCCUGGACCCACUAGAUAACGAUCUCCGGCGAUACAUUAUUCAUUACGGUGAAAUGGCUCAGGCUACAUAUGAUGGUUUCAACACACAAAAGGCAUCUAAGUAUACAGGAAGCAGCCUGUACGCAAAGGAUAACUUUUUUGCCAGGGUUCAUUUAGAGAAAGGAAAUCCAUUUAAGUAUCGUGUGACCAAAUUCUUGUAUGCAACAUCAGAGCUGCCGCUCCCUGAAGCAUUCAUCAUAAAGUCAUUAUCGAGGGAGGCAUGGAGCAAGGAAUCCAAUUGGAUAGGGUUCGUUGCAGUGGCUACUGAUGAAGGGAAGGCCGUGUUAGGGCGGAGGGAUAUUGUCAUUGCUUGGAGAGGUACAGUUCAGACCUUAGAGUGGGUUGAUGACUUCGAAUUUAAUUUAGUCUCGGCUUCAAAAAUUUUUGGCGAGUCCGGUGAUCCUAAGGUGCACCUAGGUUGGUACUCAAUCUACACUUCCGAUGAUCCGCGUUCACCAUACAACAGGAAUAGUGCUAGAGACCAGGCUCUUGAUGAGGUAAGGAGGCUGGUGGAUCAAUUCAAAAAAGAAGAAAUCAGCAUAACCGUAGCCGGGCACAGCUUAGGAGCUGCACUUGCAACUCUGAAUUCCGUGGAUAUAAUUGCUAAUGGAUUUAACCAGUACAAGGAAAACAAGGGCUGUCCUGUCACAGCCGUGCUCUUCGCCAGCCCUCGAGUUGGGGACUCAAACUUUAAGAAGGUUUUCUCCGGAUAUAAGGAUCUGAAAGCAUUACGCAUUCACAACGUUCUCGACAUUGUUCCUAACUAUCCGUUGAUAGGCUGUGCCGAUGUGGGAGAAGAACUGGUAAUUGACGCCACCAAGUCUAAGUACUUGAAGAGCCCAGGAAAUUUAUUAAGUUGGCAUAAUUUGGAGGUUUACCUGCAUGGAGUGGCUGGCACACAAGGGUCCAAAGGAGGGUUUAAAUUAGAGGUCAAUCGCGAUAUUGCUCUUGUUAACAAAACUACUGAUAGUUUAAAGGAUGAGUAUCUUGUACCAUCAGCAUGGCGGGUUCAAGAAAACAAGGGUAUGGUGCAGCAAGCAGAUUGUUCUUGGAAAUUGAUGGAUCAUGAAGAGGAUGUUGAUGCCUGA